CACGUUCCCACUGACGUUGUUGGACUUCGUAGCGUUUCCUUCUGGUUGUCUGGUGUGGCGUUAGUCAACCAUUUGGUCACCUUUCAGCUAAAUACCGUGGUUAAAUAAGGUACGCAGCGGAUCAGCGAUGGCUCUCACUCAAGUGUCCUCCAACAGGUGUGCUGGGGGCUUCCAGAAGGUUUUCGAACAUGAAAGCACCGAGCUCAAGUGUAAGAUGAAGUUCGCCGUCUAUCUGCCUCCGAAGGCUGAGACCGACAAGUGUCCCGUCAUGUACUGGCUCUCUGGUCUGACGUGUUCGGAGCAGAACUUCAUCACCAAAGCAGGCAGUCAGGUGCCGGCUGCAGAGCACGGCCUCAUCGUGGUCGCCCCGGACACAAGUCCACGUGGCUGCAGCAUCGAGGGGGAGGAUGAGAACUGGGAUUUUGGCACCGGGGCUGGUUUCUACGUCAACGCCACGCAGGACCCCUGGAAGACAAACUACCGCAUGUACUCCUACGUCACCGAGGAGCUCCCCAAAUUAAUCAACGCUAACUUCCCCACGGAUCCAGACAAGAUGUCCAUCAGCGGUCACUCCAUGGGCGGCCACGGGGCGCUCAUCUGUGCCCUGAAGAACCCUGGGAAAUACAAGGCCGUGUCUGCCUUCGCCCCCAUCUGUAACCCCAUGCAGUGCCCCUGGGGGCAGAAGGCCUUCUCUGGAUACCUGGGCCCCGACAGGUCCACCUGGGAGGCGUACGACGCCACCGCGCUGGCGGCGGCGUACUGCGGCCCUCGGCUCGACGUCCUCAUCGAUCAGGGCCGCGACGACCAGUUCCUCUCCGCCAGCCAGCUGCUGCCCGACAACCUGAUCGCCGUCUGCUCCGAGAAGAAGGUGCCCGUGGUCUUCAGGCUGCAGCCGGGCUACGAUCACAGCUACUUCUUCAUCUACUCCUUCAUGAGCGAUCACAUCAAGCACCACGCCAAGUUCCUCAACGCCUGAUCCGCCGCCACUUGGACCCGUUGUCAUGGCGACCGCUGUUCCCUGGAAACCAAAUGAGUCUCACAACUUUGGACUAACUCAAAUAUGAACAAAAAUAAAAUCCUGUUAUUCAUCUA